UGCUCAGAGGGAGCGGUGACUGCAACCGGAAGUGGUGCCGCUGGAGCAGCGGAGACGUGUCUUUCUGUGAGGCGCUGGGAGCCCUUCCCCAGGGUUCUGGGCUCGGGGGGCCGAUCGGUGCCCCCUUAGAUUCUCCGUUCGUUCGGGCCAGCGACCCUGUCACUGUGGGGCGGCGGCGGCGGCGGCGGCCGGGGCAGGGAGCGUUGGCGGCCGGAGUCCCCGCAGCCAUGGCCGAGCCGGCGGAGGAGCGGCUGCGGCAGCGGGUGCAGGAGCUGGAGCGGGAGCUGGCCCAGGAGCGAAGCCGGCGGGCGCUGGGGGCCGGCGACGGAGGGGGCGGCCGCGUCCGCAUCGCGAAGAUGAGCCCGGAGGUGGUGGACUCCAACCCCUACAGCCGCCUGAUGGCAUUGAAACGAAUGGGAAUUGUAAGCGACUAUGAGAAAAUCCGUACCUUUGCUGUAGCAAUAGUAGGUGUUGGUGGAGUUGGUAGUGUGACUGCUGAAAUGCUGACAAGAUGUGGCAUUGGUAAGUUACUACUCUUUGACUAUGACAAAGUGGAACUGGCCAAUAUGAAUAGACUUUUCUUCCAACCUCAUCAAGCAGGAUUAAGUAAAGUUCAAGCAGCAGAACAUACUUUGAGGAACAUUAAUCCUGAUGUUCUUUUUGAAGUACACAACUAUAAUAUAACCACAGUAGAAAACUUUCAACAUUUCAUGGAUAGAAUAAGUAAUGGUGGAUUAGAAGAUGGAAAACCUGUUGACCUAGUUCUUAGCUGUGUGGAUAAUUUUGAAGCUCGAAUGACAAUAAAUACAGCUUGUAAUGAACUUGGACAAACAUGGAUGGAGUCUGGGGUCAGUGAAAAUGCCGUUUCGGGGCACAUACAGCUUAUGAUUCCCGGAGAAUCUGCUUGUUUUGCGUGUGCCCCGCCACUUGUAGUUGCUGCAAAUAUUGAUGAAAAGACUCUGAAACGAGAGGGUGUUUGUGCAGCCAGUCUUCCUACCACUAUGGGCGUGGUUGCUGGGAUCUUGGUACAAAAUGUGUUAAAGUUUCUGUUAAAAUUUGGUACUGUUAGUUUUUACCUCGGAUACAAUGCAAUGCAAGAUUUCUUUCCUACUAUGUCCAUGAAGCCAAAUCCUCAGUGCAAUGACAAAAACUGUAGGAAACAGCAGGAAGAAUAUAAGAAAAAGGUAGCAGCACUGCCCAAAAAGGAGGUUGUUCAAGAAGAGGAAGAGAUAAUACAUGAAGACAAUGAGUGGGGUAUUGAGUUGGUAUCUGAGGUUUCAGAAGAGGAACUAAAAAAUUCUUCAGGUCCAGUUCCUGACUUACCUGAAGGCAUUACAGUGGCCUAUACAGUUCCCCAACAGCAAGAAGAUUCUGUUCCUGAUGUAACAGUGGAAGAUUCUGGUGAAAGCUUGGAAGAUCUCAUGGCCAAAAUGAAGAAUAUGUAGAUAAUGGACUGGACUAUAUUUUCUGAGUUUAAACCUAUUCCUUUGCAAUUAAAAAGUCAUUUUAAAACUGACAAAACUUAGGGAACAUCAAUUGAUGUGUAUUCUUUGCUAAAUUGUUAUACUUUUUGAAAAUACUAUUACUGUUGCUUCUUAUUACCUCACCCACAACUAAAUAACUCUCCUAAAUCUCAUGUUUCAUUCUAGUAAGAAAAUUUCAAAGGAUUAUUUUAGGCAGUUUUAAGUUUUGUUGAAAACUUAGCCAUUGAAAUGUGUUGGCCUUUUGGGAGAAAGGACCAAUUUGAUGCUGUAUGUACACAUUCCUUUUCUUUCCAGUAAUCCUUGUGGUUUGGGCCGUGGGCAAUAAAGCAACAUGUGGUCCUGAAAUACAGGGAAAAGGGCAAGAGGUACAACCUGUUGAUUUGAGUUAGCAGGCCAUGUAGUCAUUGUUUUGGUAUUGUUCUCUACAAGAGAACUGCCAGUACUACUAACUUGGCAAGCAAUGAAUUUAAAACAGUUAACCUAUAAAAUAAUAAGUUUUUCAAAUGUUUCCUGAUUACAAAUUGAAAUAUAGUCAAUGGAAAAGUUGUAAACUUAUGGAUUCUAUAUUCAAAAUCAGGCAACUAAAAAGUUUUUUUCCAUGGGUAGACAGAUACAGAUCCUUUGAGGAAGUACAAAUUAUAUUUCUGCAUUGACCAAGGAAAUCAUUGCAUCUAUGGACAUAUACCUGGAAUCACUCUGCUUUAUUGAGGAGUAAUGGAUAAAUUCAGGCUAAGCUCACCUAGAUUGUACUCAUGAUAUGGGCUACCUUAUAAAUACUUUAUUUCACUUAAAUUUGAUUCCCCAGGAAAUUAAAUAUUGGAAAGGGGUUGUCCUGGAUAGGGCAUUAAAGAGGCCUAAAGUGCCUCUGAAAUGACUGAUAUAUUUAUUUACUGGAAGAGUAUUAUUUUCCAAGAUUAUGACUUCUAAAUCAUAAAUUGAUAAAACUUUUUUCCUAGAGUUGUAUACAAAUAAUGAAGGCUUUGAGAGCCUUGGUUAAAAUAAAAUUCUAAUGGUUUGGAGACCAAUA